AUGGAUGAGGUCAUUGAGGAGCCCAUAAAUGAAGUCACUUAUGCGGAUGGAAGUCGUAAGGAGGAAGCUAGUGAUGAAGAUCAUGAAGAUCCUGUGAAUGAAAAUGUUCAUGAAAGCAUACUUGAUCUUGAGAAAGAUGUGGAAGUAAAUUAUGAUCCGGGAUUGUGGGGAAGUAUAAAUGAUACUAAGAGGGUGAUGAUAGUUCAACGUGGUCCUAUCAAGAUUUUAAUGAAAAAUGAUGAGUUUCCAAGUGAAAAGAAGAGUGGGAGAAAUAGAAGUUUUUCUUCCAAAUAUUAUAUCCGUGAAUUUCCAAAUGGCGAGAAGCAUGAAAGGAAAUGGCUUGUCUAUUCAAAUGAACUGAAUAGAGUAUUUUGUUUUUGUUGCAAGUUGUUCAAGAAUAAACCAAUGACAACCAAUUUGGCGGAGAAUGGAAUAGACGAUUGGCAUAACCUUCCUACAAAGCUUAGAGAGCAUGAAAGUAAUCCGGAGCAUUGUGCAAAUGUUGUGAAGUGGGUUGACUUGCAAAAAGGACUAAAACUAAAGGCAACAAUUGAUAAAGAUAUAGAAGCACAAAUUGAAAAAGAGAAAACUCGUUGGAAGAUGAUACUAGUUCGAAUCAUUGCGGUUGUGAAGACUCUUUCUCGAAAUGGUUUGCCAUUUCGUGGAACUAAUGAGAAGAUUUAUGAGAAGAACAACGGACUUUUUUGUCAACUUAUAGAGUUCCUUGCAGAAUUCGAUCCAAUUAUGCAAGAUCAUGUUCGGCGUGUGGUAGAUAAAGAAGUUCAGAACCAUUAUCUUAGCCAUAAAAUUCAAAAUGAAUUGAUAAUUUUGUUGGCCAAUGAAAUCAAAGCAAAAAUUCUUGACAAAAUUUCAAAAGCAAAGUAUUUUUCAGUUAUUCUUGAUUGUACGCCGGAUUUAAGCCACGAGGAGCAAAUGUCAAUUGUCAUUAGAUGUGUGGAUAUUGAAGAUACAAAUCAAGUCAAGGUGGAAGAGUUUUUUCUUGGAUUUAUAAAGGUUGAUGACACGUCGGGACUUGGGCUUUUCAAUCAACUUGAAGAUACUUUGAAUGAACUUAAUCUCAACAUUGAUGAUAUAAGAGGUCAAGGUUAUGACAAUGGGUCAAAUAUGAAAGGUAAACAUCAAGGUGUACAAAGAAGACUUCUUGACAUAAAUCCUCGAGCUUUUUAUACACCAUGUGGGUGUCAUAGCUUAAACCUUGCACUAUGCGAUAUGGCAAAAUCAUGUGUCAAAGCUAGAAAUUUUUUUGCAUAUGUGCAAAAGGUUUACACUUUGUUUGCUGGAUCAACACAUCGGUGGGAUGUUCUUAAAACAUAUGUAAAGGGUCUAACACCAAAGCCAUUGUCGGUUACUCGUUGGGAAAGUCAUGUUGAAAGUGUUAAAGCAAUUCGAUAUCAAGCACCGGAGUUGCGAGACGCUUUGAUUGAAAUUGCAAAUAGUUCUAAAGAGGACAUUGUGAUGGCAGAAGCUAAAGGCUUGUGUAAAAAUGCUUUGGAGGAUUUUGAGUUCUUGAUUAGCUUGUGUAUUUGGUAUAAGAUUUUAGAUAAAGUCAAUCGAGUUAGCAAAGUUAAAGUCAAUCGAGUUAGCAAAGUUCUUCAACAAGAAGAGAUGAAUUUGGAGGAUGCAAUUACAAGAAUAAACGAGCUUAUUGUUUUCUUUCAAAAGUUUAGAGAAGAUGGUUUUGAAAACAUGAUGAAAGAAGCCAAUGAACUUGCUAAUGAUGUUGGUAUCGAUCCGACAUUUCCGAUAAAAAGAGUGGUUCGUAGAAAGAAGCAUUUUGAUGAGGAUGUGGAAGCGAAUGUGGAAGGUAGUCAAUCACCGGAGGAUAAUUUUAGAGUUUCCUAUUUCCUCCACAUUAUUGAUCAAGCUCUUACAUCACUCAAAGAUCGUUUUGAACAAUUCGAGCUCUAUGAAGAAAUCUUCGGUUUUUUGUUUAAUGCAAAGUUCAUGAGCAUUGGUGAAGAAAAAUUAAUGGAACAUUGCAUUAGAUUACAAAGCUACUUGGAACACAACCAACAAUGUGAUAUACAUGGAAAAGAUUUAUUCAAUGACCUACGAGCUUUGCAAACAAUAUUGCCGAAGGAAGUGACUAAAUCAAUAGACAUCCUUGACUUCAUAAGAUCUUAUUGGGAUGAUGGUGGCUUUCAAUGUGCAUGGGUUGCUUAUCGGAUUUUGUUAACUAUCCCAGUUACGGUUGCCUCGGCGGAGAGAAGUUUUUCCAAGUUGAAAUUGAUAAAAAGUUAUCUUCGUACUACCAUGUCACAGGAACGAUUGAAUGGAUUGGCAAUGAUAUCAAUUGAAAAUGAAUACUUAGAGAAACUUGAGUAUGAUGACUUAAUUGAAGAAUUCGCUUCAAAAAAUUCAAGGAGAAGUAUUUUUCUUUGA